GGAUCCUAUCGGCAAAAUGAAUCUCAUCAGAGUAUAGGAUCCCACAGGGAAACUGGAUCCACAGAGAACAGGAUCUCUAAAGGGAUCGGGAUCCCACCUGGAAAUGGGACCCACCGGUAUCGGGAUCCCACCGGGAUUGAAAUCCGACCAGGAUUGGGAUACAGACGAGAUCGGUAACAUACCGUGAUCGGAAUAUCGACUGGUUUAGGAAUCCACCAUAAUCGGGAUCCAACCAGGAUCUGGAUCCAAAUGGGAUCUGGAUCCAAACAGGGUAGGGAUCCCUCUGGAUACCGGUAUACCAUCAGAAACAGGAUCCCAUCGGGAAACGGAUUCCAAUUGGAAUCCCUCCGGGAUCGGGAUCCCAAAGGUUUACAAAAGUUAUUAUAAAUUUGUUUUUAUAGAGACAGAUUAUUUUUUUUAAUAGGGGUGUUGUUUGUUUUUAAAUGGCACUUACUUUUAAUUUUAAUUAAAAGGUGUAGAAAUUUUUUUUUCUGAAUGCAAACCAGAGAAACACCAGGUAUAUUAGCUAGUAUUUAAAGAUAAUUUAUUUUAGUAACUUGCAAUGAAAAUUUAUCUUUAUUGUUUAAAUUCCUAAUUUCAGCCAUGCUGUCAUAUAAUCGUGGAGAUGAGACUAUAAUCUGUCCCUACGAUGAGACGCACUCCAUCCAAAAAAAGUCUUUUCAAGCCCAUAUCAUUAAAUGCAGAGAGGUAACUGUUAAAUUAAGCUUUCCAAGAAUUAAAUCAGACUUUAACCUUACUUUCAUGACAAUGGGUAGUCAUAUAAGAAAUGUCAUGAUAUAAAGCUUUAUUUAAUUUAUAAAAAAUCCUUAGAUUCUGUGAAAUUCAUUCUUAUUUUAAAUUCUAAUUUCUGUGCAAAGUUAAAAUGUCCUUCAAAAUUGUCUUGUUUGAGGAGUAAGGGUGAAGAGCAAAUCAGGGCGGUGAAACAGCAACCAGCCCUAGACUACCAUGAUGCGGGUGCCUGUGGGUGGCCUUGCUGGUCUUUGCCCCAGACCAGACACUACCAGGAUGGAGAAAGGGGAUCUAUACCGUGAACAAGUGCACAGUUUUUCAUACUAGAAAAUGCCUGUUAAAGUAAUAAGAGGCAAAUCAUUACAAAAGCUAGAAACAAAAAAACAUGUUAAGGAAAAGGAAAGUGAUGGGUUCAUACGAGUGGGAAGUUCCCAGUUCGAAGAUGGGUUGCUUGGCUGCAACAUCCUUAGGAGAAACUGUUGGGAGUGGCUGCUGCAAUGGCAGGAGCUUUUCCUUAGAAUAAGCUAUGUGUGCCCUGCUGGGUGGGUCUUUACCCGCCCUAUUUGCACAUUCAUUCACCAGGUUGCAUAGGGUGCUGUAUGCUAGAUUAUCACAUGGCUGCAAAAUUAGUUUACGGAAAGCCCUCUGGCCCGGGUCCCUUUUUAAUGGUGUACAAAGUUUGGGGUCCUGUCAGUGGACGCCAUUCUUAGUAAGUCGCAGUUCAAGAGUUAUUCACUCAUUAACGAUUUAUGCAAUUCUAAGCCUUGAUGGUGGAGUAAACUGUUGUAUUAGCAAAGUGAACUUGCAACAUUCAACAUAAUUAUUGACCAGAUCUGCUGACCUGUCUAUAAAUGUUGCAGGUCUCAUUAGUGCAAAAUCUUCUUUUCUAUUGCAUAUUUUAACAUCAUUCUGAAAGUGACCCAGUAAAUUUAUUGUUUAAAGUGUUCCAGUAAAAUAACCAUUCACAGGAAAUUAUUUUUUAAAUGAAAAUCAUCCUGUUAAGAGUGUCCCAACUACUUAUUUCUUUCUCCUUGCUACCUUCUGGCACCCUAAAACAUUCUGUAGUAUCCCUGAAGUGAACGCAAUACUUGAUUUAAAAAAUAAAUAAUAUAUUACUACACUCAAAAUGAUUGAUAUGACUUUAAUAUAAUUUUUAAUGUGUUUUAAAUCUAAUGAUUGAUAAGUUUUAAGUUCAUAUUGACAGACAAUGGAAUCACAACAUGCAGUUUAUAUAAUUCUGAAACAGUUCUGAGUGAGAUUUCAAGAAUUAAUUGUAAUGUUAGCUAAAUCAGUGGCAUUACUUUUUUUGUACAUGUUUUUAUGUGUUUUGUUUAUUUGUGUGUUCUUGCGCAUUGUUUAUUAUGUAGGGUGUUUAAAUACACAACUGUAAAAAAAUAUUUUUUAACCUGGAACUAAAUUUUCUGGUUUAUUUCCUCUUUCUCAGGCCCAUCAAGGAAAAGUGAAAAUGGUGGUAUGCAAAUUUGAUAAAACUCAUGUUGUUCCUAAGCCUGAACUAAAGCACCACAUGAAAGAUUGCCCCAGCAGAAGUGUGCUAGAUAGAGACAUGCAGUGUAAGUAAGGGUUAUUAUACAUAUAUAAAUUGUAAGCAUGCAUUAGACUAAAAGUAUGCUGUGUAAAGUAAAGGAUACACUUUGUUAGUAAGGGUUAGCUAACUGCAUGCAUUGUAAAGUAAAGGGUAGCUAGAGACAUAUGCACAUUGUAAGUAAGCGUUAGCUAAAAGCAUGCAGUGUAAUUAAUGGAAAUUACAGAUGAACACAUCUCACCAUUUCUUCAUUGCAGUAGACAAAGGUAGACAAAAUUAAAUUCUGAUCCCUCAAUGUCCUGUGAUCACUAAGUUGAAAAUGAAAUUUAGAGACAAAAUGGCAUAUAAAGAAAUAUGAAUUUUUUUUAAAUAAUUACCUUGAAGUGGCUCAGUGUGGUACACAUGUGGCUAAGUCUGGUACCAAUUGGGCUCAGUGUGGUAUCCAUUAUAAUAGAUUGCUGAGUUCUUACAUGCAAACCCUUUGUGAAAUCAUUUAUUGAAGUUGGCAUGAAUAGUGUCUGUCUGUCUGAUUAUUUCUUGCAGUCAGCCUCUCAGAAGUCAUUUUCAGUCAACUUCCCUGUGUCUUGUAGAUCUGUGAUUUGAGAAAUCAUUUUACAAUGCAAGAAUUCUUAUUCUUUACAAAUUUGUCAGAUCCUUAAAAUACCUGUCGGUUACAACUGUCAAAAUUUAUGAAAGUUGGGGAAAAUUUAGUUUAAGGCCAUCCAUAUUUGAUAUUUUUUUUUACUAACACAACACUCCCCCCAAUUUUCUCACUGUCACAAAUUUGUCAAAGAAACUUAGACAACUUCAUCACACAUUAUCACUAAUAUGUGACACCCCACCCCCCCCACCCCAACCCCAACCCCCACCCCCCCGCAUGACAUUGUUUGGUGAAGGCCCCUUAUUCAAACUAAAAAAAUUUGCCCUAUCACUAAUUUUUAUCUGAUCAAUUUUUUAUUCUGUUCUUUAUUUAAUUAAUGACUCAUUCAGGUCGGGCCAGUAUAGGAAACGCUCUUACAGGCGACAUCAAGGGACCUGCGAUAAAGGGUAGUCACUCUGCUGAGAUUGAUGAGGACUGGGACUCGGGUAAGUUGCUGUCAUUAGAGAGGGUGUAAAUUUAUAUUAUUUAACAUUGUUGACUGCAACAGUUAGAUUCCUCUGACUGGGAUAUUGACUGUAACAGCUAGAUUCCUCUGACUGGGAUAUUGACUGUCACAGCUAGAUUACUCUGACUGGGAUAUUGACUGUAACAGCUAGAUUACUCUGACUGGGAUAUUGACUGUAACAGCUAGAUUACUCUGACUGGGAUAUUGACUGUAACAGCUAGAUUACUCUGACUGGGAUAUGUGUACACUUAUUGACAGGGUAUAGUUUGUAUUCCUUUCACUCAAGGUUUGCCUAAAAAAUGGAUGUAGUUUGAAGAUAUAAUUCUUAUAAUGGGGACAUUCUUGAAGUAUUCUUUUCUUCUAAAUAAUUUUACGUUUUAACAAGUCCAAACUCCUUGCACAUCCCCUAUAGCACCACAGAUGUACAGAACACCAGCUUUGUUCAACAAGCCAGAUGAUUAGUAAGUUUGAGCACAGUCUUUUAUUUUAUUUAAAGAAAUUUAAUAAAAAUUCACAGGAAAUUAUUUUUUAUUUAACCUUUUGAAAUGAUCCUGCCACAGACAUUAAAACAUUUUUUGUGUGGUUCUCAUAUCUGGCUUUUCCAUCAUUUAAAAGAAAAAUCUUUUGAUGGGGAGUUAAGCAUUUUAUUUGUAUGACCCACGGCUUGACCCAAGAUAACCAAACACAUUCUCAAUGAUAUUGAAAGCUUUUGUUGGCAUUCAUUAUGAUCCUGUUCCCACUGGUUGUUGACAAACACAGCCCUUGAUGCCCUCGUGUUCAAAAGGUGAAUCUGUUUGAAAUAAUUCAAUGUUUGGUUCCUUUUGUCCAAAAUAUGCUAAUCAUUUGUUUGGUACAAUUAUCCAACUGGGCAAAUCAAAUAAUUUAUACAAUUAUCCAACUGGGUUAUCCAAUGUUUGGUACAAUUAUCCAACUAUGGUAAUCCAAUGUCUGGUACAUUUAUCUAACUAUGCUAAUCCAAUGUUUGUUUCAUUUAUCCAACUGCUAAUCCAAUUUUGGGUACAAUUCUCCAACUAUGCUAAUCAAAUGUUUGGUUAAUUUAUCAAAAUAUGCUAUUCAAAUAUUUGAUACAAUUAUCCAACUAUGCUAAUCCAAUGUUUGGUACAUUUAUCCAACUAUCCUUAUCCUAUGUUUGUUUUACUUAUCCAACUGCUAAUCCAAUGUUUGGUUCAUUUAUCCAACUGCUAAUCCACUUUUGGGUAUAAUUCUCCAAAUAUGCUAAUCCAAUGUUUGGUUCAUUUAUCCAUCUGCUAAUCCACUUUUGGGUAUAAUUCUCCAAAUAUGCUAAUCCAAUGUUUGGUUCAUUUAUCCAACUAUGCUAAUCCAAUGUUUGAUACAUUUAUCCAACUGCUAAUCCAGUUUAGAGUAAAAUUAUAGAAAUAUGCUAAUCCAAUGUUUUGGUACACUUAUCCAAUUGGGAUUUGGUACACUUAUCCAAUUGGGCUAAUCCAAUGUUUUGGUACACUUAUCCAAGCUGUGUACUAAACCCUUGAUAAUAAUAAAGGAUGAUUACUGCUACAAAAAUAUGAGCAAUAUUUCUGUUUGGACAGUUACCCAGAUGAAGAUGAGAUGACACCAUACAUUCCACCUGGGGCCAACUAUGUAGGGCAACUGUCACCCAAAAAACUGUCUCAACCCUGUGAAGAGUCGUCAGAGCAAAUCCAGCGCAAGGUGCCAAUGACCCAAUCGAAGGCUGCCCAGCUGUCAGAAUCUGCACAGUUGAGAAAUAGCAACAGCAUUCAGGAGAACUCAGUUAUGCUGAACAAUGUCCAAGCUACAUCUGAGCCAAGCAAGACUGCCAUGAGAGGGACCAGUGCAUAUGUUCAAGAUGAUGGCAUCGGCUUUUCUAAGGGGCGGAGCAGAGGUCUCAUUGCUGUCAAUGGUAUGUUGCCAUGACAACAUCAAUCAUUUUAAUCUAACAAUUGUCUUGUUUUAUUUCUCUAUGUUGUUUUUAAGAGUGUUGGACUGCGAUCAAGCUUUCAAGUAUAUAAUGAGACACAAGUAAUUUGUGUAUCGUAAAUAGAACAAUAAAAGUUGAGCUUUUAUUAUGAUUACACAGAAUACAAAUCUAAACUUCUUGGCAAAUGUCUUCAUCAGUUCAACAAAAACCAUUCAUAUAAAUUAAAUUUACAUCAUAUAUAUAUAUAUAAAUAAAUAUAUAUGAAGAGCUUAUUUUCAAAAUGCGGUAUCCACCAUUUAAAAAAAAAAAGAAAAAAGCUUACAUUUUUUGUAAAAGCUAAUAUAAAAGGUUCCUUUAGGACAUGGUAAAAUUUAUUUAUAAAACAAAUUAUUUUCCUGUUAUUCUUGUCUAAAAAUGAUUUACUUCUCUAAACCCAAUAUGUAAUUUUUUUUGUAAAAAGAUGAAUAAUCUCAAAACCCCCAAAAUGGAAAUACAGCAUUUUGAAAAUCAGCUCUUUAUAUACCCUACCUGAAAAUGACAGAAAAGAAUAAGAAUUGGCACAAGUCCCAAACGAAAACAAAGCUCAGAAGAAUGGAAAGAAAGUGGGUGGAAGUCAAAUUUAAAAACCAAACAGGAAAAAGACAUUUAUGUAAAAUUGUGAUUUUGGCUUAUACUUUAUGGAGUCAACGUACCAAAUCUUUUUAUUAAUUUAUUUUCCAUAUAAAUUCUAUCAGGUAUAUUUCUUGCAUACAGUAUACCAGUAAUUGCAAUGUCUAAUAUUCCAUUAUGGUUAGCACUAUUGAAAUGUUUGGAAACUGGGCAAAUUGCUUGUUUAUUGAUGUUUUAGAGGUGUUCUCUAAAACAGUCUCCAAGGUGACAACCUGUCUCUUCUAUGUAAGAUUUCCCACAAUUUUUACCAUGAAUAAAUCACAUUGCAACUUGUGCAGGUAAAACCAUCUUUGAUUCUGAAUAUUUACAGAGGGAAAGUGAUUCUAUCAACUUCAGUCACAUAAGGACAUGUGUUACAGCGGCUAUGGUUUUGACAUGGUCUUCAUAAAAUGGACCCUUUUUUUUGUUUUUUGAGAACUAGAAAAUGGCCAUAAGGUUGUGGGGAUGAAAAGUUAAAAUUAAUUAGACCUAGAGAAGAACUGAAGUAGAAAAGAACUACAGUAGAGAAAAACUACAGUAGAGAAGAACUGAAGUCAAAAAGAACUACAGUAGAGAAAAACUGAAGUAGAGAAGAACUGAAGUAGAGAAGAACUGCAGUAGAGAAGAAAUGAAGUAGAGAAGAACUGAAGUAGAAAAGAACUACAUUAGAGAAAAACUGAAGUAGAGAAGAAAUGAAGUAGAGAAGAACUGAUGUAUAGUAGAAAUAAAGUGAAGAAAUAAACAAGAGAAGAACUGAACUAGAUGAAAAAUGAAGCAGAGAAGAAAGACAAACAACAACAGUAAUAAAUGGCCAAAGAUAUUGUGUUCUUGUUUGGAUUAAUUUUGAUGUCCAAAAAUUGACAGGACUCUUAUGGAUUGUUGAAGUAAAUCUAAUUGAUGGAUGAAAAUCUCCUGUCAUCUUGAAGGAGAGGAGAAAGGGUCAGGAAAAAUUUGAAAAGUGGCUCUGUGUGUUUUGAAGUCUGCCAGCCUAUGAUCAAAUUCUUCCUGUAGCUUAGUAAUGGCGUCAGCAUACUUACAACUGAAUGGUGUGCCCACGUCCGUUUUGGGAAAUGAAAGGUUUCUCUGCAAAAGCUUGGCUUUCCAUAACACAAGUUUUGUGCACAAUGCCCUGACAUUGUCAUAGGCAACACUGACAAGCUGCCACUGGUCUUCUAACUUCUUGUUGAGUACAUUCAGGUCAUGAGUGAUGUCAACUAGAAAAGCCAAGUCCAUGAGCCAUUUGAGAUCACUUAGUAAAGGAACAACCACACCAUCCUUCUCCAUGAAGGCUUUGAUUUCUGCUCUCAACUCAAAAAACCUUUUCAAGGUGUUUCCCCUACUAAGCCCAUGUACCUCAGUGAAGUAGAUAACAUCCUCAUAUGCUGACUCUAUUUCCUCUAAAAAAAGCGCGUAACUGCCAGUGCUUGAAGCCCCUGUAUCUGAUAUGGUUGAUGAAUUUCACAACCUCAGACAUCACAUUGUCAAACUUCAGGCAGUUGCUGCAAAGGGCAUGCUGAUGGAUAAUACAGUGUAGAGUAACGGCCUCUUCCACACCCUCCUCUCCCAGUUUUCUUUGAACAUGUGUCACGAGUCCAUUUAUUUUCCCUGUCAUUAAUAAUGCUCCGUCGGUUGUUAUUCCUGCAAAACUGUUCCAUGGUAAACAAGGGCAUCACACAGCUGGCGAAAUAUCUCCUAAGUAGUGGUCUGGAAAUGGGUUGGAAUCACUUUAUGCAACUUCUCCAUCAUUUCAAAAUUAUCAUCAACAUCACGGACAUAUAUUGCCAGCUGUGCAAUGUUAGUGAGGUCUGUGCUCUCAUCAAGAGUGACAGAGUAUGCAUGGAAAUGUUUACCUUUGUCACACAGUUGAUCAUAAAUGUCACCUGACAGCUCAGAAAUGCACCCUGCCAAUGUGUUGGCUGAAAGGCUGUGGUCUGGUUAAAUAAUGACAUCUGAUGUUCUACUCCUUGUGACCACAAAUUACUAGGUGCAUAUAAAGGCACGACAGAGUGCCCCUGUGCUCAUCAAAACAGUUGUCCAUCUCCCACUUCUCCUGAAAUUGUCCUUGUUUUAUAGCCAUUUUAAUUGUUUCUAUAGUAUAGUAGUCACUAUCCUAGUGUCUCAUUUUUAUUUUACUUAGUUUACAUGUUUUUAAUAAUUGUAAAGCGCUGAAAGCUUUAAGGUAAGCGCUAUAUAAAAAUGCCUAAAUAAAUAAAUAAAUAAAUUGUCUGUGCUCAUUGCCAACAUUCCUCUUCACAGCAGGUUUUGAGGAAGACAUGACUGGGGUCGGGUGACACACAAAUUUAUUUGCACUGUGUGAUAAAAUAUAUUUUCCCACUACUCGGUAACACUCCCGAAUCCCGUAUCACGAGACUUUGCUCUUAGGGAGAUUUAGAUUCCCACAUAGCAAAUGAGGCUGCAGUAGUCAGAGAGAGAAUUCCCAAAUUAUGACAUAAUUAGUAAUUCAUAUAUUGUUAGAUAAUUUAAAAUAAUAAUUUUAUAUGUGACCCUCCACAAUGGCUUCAGUCGUAUGUCACCAAAGUCGUAUGUCACCAAAGUCGUAUGUCACCAAAGUUAGUUUUGCGGUAGCUGAAAAAAGGCGGUUGGUAACGAGGACCUUUUUGGCUGAUAUUAAAUUAACAAACAUUUUUCUACAAUUUUAGAGACAUCAAAUAAAUCUACAUUAAUUUUGGCUAAAACAAUAACAAAUCACUGCACAUACUUAUGUUAGUUUGUUCCAAAUAUGUUUGUCUCAUAAAAUUCUAUAAAAUAAAAAAUUUUAAGUCUGAUUUUAAAACGAAUCCAUUAUAAUCAACGUCCAAACCUAUACAAACAUAAUAAUAAAGAUCAGAAUUAGACUAGUUGGUGAGAUUCGACUAAAACCGUCGCGGAGGGUCAAAUUAUUGAUAUGAGAUAGGAAAAUGCGCAGGUCACAUUAACACUAAACUGUCGCAAAAUAUCAUUUUGUGGGCCUCAAAUGGCCCACCAGCCAUGAGUUUGAGACCCCUGAUUUAAAGCAACACUUUCUGACAAUGGAGAUAGGUAUAAAUUCAUUUCAAUCGUCUCCACUCAUUUUCUAGUUCUCAAAAAAAAAAAAGAUCCACUCUUAUGGCAGACCCUGUCACCAAUGACAUUUUCAAAAAAACUCUUCUUUUCAUUUUCAGAGGGACAAGAGCCUUUUAGAAGCAACCUCUGUGCUAUUAAAGCACAUAUAGGCACCAAAAAUUGCAACCAUAGCCGCUGUAACAUAUGUCCUUAUGUGGUUGAAGUUAAUAGUCACUUUUCCUCUGGAAAUAUUCAGAAUCAAAGAUAGUUUUACUUGCACAAGUCGCAACCUGAUUUACACCAUCCAUUGUGGUAAAUCAUACAUAGAAGACACAGGUUGUCACCUUGAGGACUGUUUUAGAAAACACCUCUACAACAUCAAUAAACCCUUAGUCCAGUUUCUAAACAUUUAAUAGUCCUAAUCAUAAUGGGAAAUUAGACGUUGCAGUUACUGGUAUACUGUAUAUUAGAAAUACACCUGAUAGAAUUUAUAUGGAAAAUAAAUUAAUAAAAAGAUUUGGUACGUUGACUAUACGGUAAAAGCCAAAAUCACAAUUUUACAUAGCCGCAAUAUCUUUUUCCUGUUUGGUUUUUAAAUUUGACUUCCACCCACUUUCUUUCCGUUCUUCUGAGCUUUGUUUCGUUUGGGACUUGUGCCAAUUCUUAUUCUUUUCUGUCAUUUUUAUAUAGGGCACAUAUAUAUAUAUGUACAUAUGAUGUACAUUUAAACUAUUCUCAUACGAAUGUUUUUUGUUGUACUUCUUAGCAUUCCGUAUAAAUCAUAUUGAAGCUGAACCUUUAUUGUUUUAUUGACUUCGAUUGUUUGCAUCCCAUCCAUCUCUGUCACAGUUCAAAGACUUGUAUUCUCUCUGUUGCUCAACUGAUCAUAGUUUUUUUUUUUUAAAUUAUAAUGUAAUCAAUUGCAUUCCUUUUACAGCAUCUUUGACUAAUUUUUUAACACUUCAUUUAAACCAUGGUUUACCAACCUAGGGGUUGUCAUUUAAACCAUGGUUUACCAACCUAGGGGUUGUCAUUUAAACCAUGGUUUACCAACCUAGGGGUUGUCAUUUAAACCAUGGUUUACCAACCUAGGGGUUGUCAUUUAAACCAUGGUUUACCAACCUAGGGGUUGUCAUUUAAACCAUGGUUUACCAACCUAGGGGUUGUCAUUUAAACCAUGGUUUACCAACCUAGGGGUUGUCAUUUAAACCAUGGUUUACCAACCUAGGGGUUGUCAUUUAAACCAUGGUUACCAACCUAGGGGUUGUCAUUUAAACCAUGGUUUACCAACCUAGGGGUUGCCGGGAAAAAUGAUGAUACUUUGUUACAUCAGGGGACUAGAGAUUUUUGUGCUAGACAAGAAGGACUCUCACUCUUCAUAAAAUUUCCCUCCUAACCAGUUUUAGGAUGCAAUCCAAUUAAAGUGUUCUUCAGUUUCACAUAUUUGAUAUAGCUUUGGGUUAAGUAAGAUAUGUCUGUAUCUUGUAAGAUGAACAUAUGCACUUAUUUUUAUCAGAGAAUAUAUUCAAUCCAUUCCGUCUUUUUCUUACAGGUUGACUACUCUUUAAAAUUGUUGAAUGCAUUGUACAAAAGUAAUUUUGUAGUGGGUUCAGUUCUUAAUCAAACUACUUUUAGGAGUGCAGAAUAUAGAACAAGUAAGGAAACACCAAUCUAAACAAAUAGGUUUGAUUUAAAAUAUAUCUGAUCAAACCUAAAGGGGCUAUUGAUUAACUGGUGACAAUGGUACAUACUAUUCCACAGCUCCCACUGUCACAGCUGGUCUAUCAUUUGGUAGGGGUGUCAGCAAAUAUGCAAGUAGUUUAACCAAACCUGCCCAUCAGCCAUGGGUUCAAAGUUCAACACACCACCCACCUUCAGAUCUGAACUCCCCAACCACGUUUUCCCCCAUCUUUCAGCCGCCCUUUCAAAUUACACCAGCCCAUUCAUCUAACUCGAGUCAGAUGGUAUGGUCCCCAGAAACUUUUUCUGAUGUUAGCAGUGACUACAGCAGCCAUCAAGAAAUCCCUGCUUCUGGAUUUACCCAAGUAGAAGAAAUGGCGGCACAGCGAAACAAAGCUCUCUCUGCCAAGCAGGCCAGAGAAUUGGAAGAACUUCUCCGGCAACACGAACAGGAGCAUCAGCUGUUACUCAUCAGACAGGAACAGGAAAGGGCAUUGCUGCUGCAAAAACAUGAAAAGGAACGUGCUCUGGCUCAUGAACAGCAUGAGCAGCUCAUUCGGCGACUGCUUCUGCCGUUGUCGUACCGACAAGGUUGCAGGGAUGUGUCUUCCACUCCCGAUCCGAGCUUGGCUUCACGUCUUGAGUUACUGUCCUUGGACCAGCAAAGUAAAGUCAAGACACUGGGGUCUUAUGCUAAAGGUAAGUCUCCUCAUAUGAAACAUAAGAUUAAAUGGUGUUACCACCAUACUUAAUUCUAUAUUUCACUGACUCCCAAUUAUCUACUAAAUAAAAUACCUUUAACUUUAACCUGCUUGAGAUGGAGCCUUUUUAGACGGUAAGUGCCAAGAAGACGGAGCACUUUUCACAAGCCCUGCACUUUCUUUGCAAAAGAAUUUAUGAAAAAUAAACUAAUUACUUUACAACUCUAAAACUGGGGUGCUGGAUGGCCAAGUGCUCUAAACUGAGUCAAUCUCAAGUUUGUGGUUCAAUCCCCACCAAAGCCCAGUCAAGCAAAAAUAUCACCAACACCCCAGGUGCUUUGGACUAGUUAACCUUGGAUGGCAACUUAUCUAAGAGAAGGGAACUCUGAAUUCAAACCCUGAGAUAGAGUCCGGUAGGCGGAUAACACUGGUACAAUGAAACAUUCUGACAACUCCUGCAAUGCCACUGGUGCCAAGCUGUAUUAUUCACCUGAUGUUCUCUUGGUACUUUUGGUAUAUUUCAAGGUCACAUAUCUUUUAAGCAUUUAUAGUGUUGUAGUUAAUCUUUCUAUGUCACCAACAGAGACUGACCGAAUAUUGGCUUCGGUUUUGGCGCCGAAAUUUGCCAUUUGAUCACUUUGGGCGUAGUUUAGGACGAAACAGAAAAGUUAACUUUCGGUUUAAUUUCAGUUUCGGCCGAAAGUGAUUGAGGCCUUCUGUCUUGUACAAGAUGUCAGAUUGUCCCCCUGUCUGUCGGCCGGCAAUCUGAUAUUCAUUAUUGCUUGAUGUUUUGCUGUCAUCCUCUAAUAUAUAACAAAUCCUCUCCGAACACUGUUCACAGCUGCAUGAUGACUUAUUUGUCCAAUCAUUCCAAAAAUGAAAUUUCAAUAAGGCAAAGGGAUAGAUAAAUAGUUUUUGGGACAAAAAAUAGCAACUAGGGGAAUAGUAAUAUUUAUAUUAUUAAUUUUUGUUUUAAUUUUUUUUUGUAAAAUACAUCUUAAUUGAUCAUUAUUUUGUUCAUAAAUUUUGUCAUUGUCAAAGGUAAAUAGCAUUUUGAAAAAAAUCUUAGGGAAUGGUAAAAUUUCCUUUAUAUUUUUUAAAUUAUUCUUUUUAAUUAUGUACUAAUAUGUACUCAUAAAAUUUUAAUUACUAUGAUGUUGUUGAGUCUUAUUUAUUUAUCUAUAUGUCUUUAACGAACAUUUUAUAUUUAGAUACAAGUCAUUGACUGUUAUAUCAAUAAUUUUAAAAUUCAUUUGAUUAUAAUUAUAUAACAAAGGAUUAUAGCCUAGGGCCUAUAUAAUGCUAAAUAACACUAGACUCAAAGACUAAAAGUAAAAUUAAAGUCACACAUUAAGUAGGCUAAGUAUUAAAUAUUAAAUUAACCAUCAAUUUAUUUAAACUUAUUAUUAAAUAGACUUUAAAAAAUAUUAACUUAAAUUAUGCCUUUAAGAGAGUCACACCACUACUUUAUUCACUUCAUUGGCUCCUUAUACAAGCACGGAUUGAUUAGAAACUCUCUGUUCUCUGCCACAACUUUUUCUCGAAUUCCUGCCCUUCCUAUCUUACCGAACUUCUUUCUGUCUGUUCAUCCCUUCGACAGCUUUGCUCCUCCGCAGAUGCACAUAUUCUUUCUGUCCCCAAGACUCGCACAAAAACAUACGGUGAACGAUCUUUCUCUUUCUGUGCCCCUAAACAAUGGAAUUCUCUUCCUUUAUACAUCUGCAAUAUACCAACCAUCACAGCCUUCAAAACUGAACUCAAAACACAUCUCUUUCAACUCUACUGUCCUGGAUGAUUCCCCCCUCUGACCUAUAAAUGAUGCUGCUGGGUAUCGUCCAUGGCUUGACAUGUAAAUAGUUCCUGGAAUAAGUAGAGUAAAUAUACAAUUUAAAAAAAAAUGUAAUUAAUGUAUGUCAAUUAAUUUUUUUAAGUUCAUGAUUAUGUUUGUUAAAUUGUAUGUACAGUGUGGUGAGCCCAGCCCAAGGCUGGGGUACCGCGCUAUAAAAAAAACACCAAAUAAUAAUAUUAAUAUAGUAGUAUUAGUUUAUUAGGCUAUUUACUACCUACUAUAACUAUGUUUUAUAUUGUAGGCCUAGUACUGGUUAUAUUAGGUGAAAGCAAGCUAAAAUUAAAUUUUUGGUAUAGUAUUGAUUUCUGUAUUCUAGAAUUAAUUAUAAAAAAAAUGAUUAGAUAUAUUUAAAUGUUACAGGCAAAGUAUGUAAUCCAGCCAUUCUAUAGAAUGCCUAGCCAAAGUGUAAAAUACAUAAGUCAUUAUACACUUUGCCUAGCCAUUCUAUAGAAUGAUAUAGCAUUCUAUAGAAUGUAAUGCACUCUUUGACUAUAACAUUAAGAUUACAGAAUAUUAAUUCUCUCAUAUGUAUUGUUAUCGACAGCCGUUCACGGUGAAGAUAAAAAAUGUGGUAACAUUUAUUUGAUCCGUCCGGUGGUGUGUGUGUGGGUGGGUGGGUAGAUGUAUGUAUGUGAUGACAAGCUAACAGAACUAACAUUCAAGGGAAUAUGGUAAAUUGACUUUUUUUAAGUUAAUCCCAUCCAAUUAGUAUGGUAAACAGGGAUGUUUAGAUCCAAUAAGUUUGAUUGGCUAAAAAAAAGUAGUUAAGACGUUUAUAGCUUACCGAUGGUCAAAGUAACACUACAAAAAAAAAAUAAUUUUAAAUCGGGGUGGUGGGUCACUUCCUUGGGUCAAUGAUAUGAGAGUAUUCAAGGCCAAAAAAAAAUAGUCCCACAGAAGUUAUUAAGUUGUUUUUUGCCGUGUGCAGUAUGUGUGGAGUACGUGUGUAGUACGUGUGCAGUACGUGUGCAGUGCGUGUGCAGUACGUGUGCAGUAUGUGGGCAGUACGUGGGCAGUACGUGUGCCGUAGGUGUGCGGUACGUGUGCGGUAUGUGUGCGAACACGCGUUUUGAAAUAUUGCAAUUUUUCGGCCCGUAAGUGUUGUUAAACUUUUGGUUUCUACUUCUGUUUCAGCCGAAAGUCUCAAUUAGGCUUUUGGCUUCAGUUUCAGCCUAAAGUAAUUUUCAUCUUUCAUAAAAUCACUUUCGGUCGGUCUCUAGUUACCAAUGGCACAUUAAUUGUGCUGCACUUAAUCCUGUUAUGUUACAAAUGACACAUUAAUUGUGUUUGAAGAUAAUAAAUGCAGCUUAAUAUAUUUACAAUGUAACCUAUAAAAAGGGGGCAAUAUUUAUUUAUUUAUUUAUUUAUUUAGGCAUUUUUAUAUAGCGCUUAUCAUAAAGCUCUAAGCGCUUUACAAUUAUUAAAACAUGUAAACUAAGUAAAUACAAAUGAGACACUAGGAUAGUAACUACUAUUCUAUAGAAACAAUGAAAAUGGCUAUAAAAAGAGGACACUUUGACACUUCAGGAUUAAACCGAAACAGAAAAUUAGGUAGGGCAAGGAGGGUGCAUAUUACCCCCAAAUUUUCUGGAUUGUUUUGUCCAUUAAAUCUCAAGUGUAACACAUAAAAUCUGUUAUGUCUAUUCAAUCCCUAGUGGUAAAAAUAAAAUCUGUUAUGUCUAUUCAAUCCCUAGUGGUACAAAUAAAAUCUGUUAUUUCCCUUCAAUUCCUAGUGGUACAAAUAAAAUCUGUUAUUUCCCUUCAAUCCCUAGUCUUGUCAACAAAGUCAGAAGCCUCCAGUGUUCAGUCAGAAAGCUGGUGUGUGGAUGAGACAGGUACAUUUAUCAUUAAUAUCUUAUCAUGUGUAGAGUCAACAGAGGAUAAUGUCCCAAACUUGUUGUAAGAUAUAAUGGCUUGGAAUAAGUCUGGUCUGGUCUAUGUUUAUGGAUAAAUAGUUUGGACAAAUAGACAAGACUUGGCUAAUAGAGUUUACAAAUAGACUAGACAUAAAGCCUGGGCUAACAGAAUACACAAAUAAAAUAGACAAAUAGCCAGGGCUAAUAGAUUGGACAAAUAAACUAGACAAAUAGCUUGGCUAAUAGAUUGGACAAAUAGACUAGACAAAGAGCCUGGGCUAAAAUAUUGGACAAAUAGACUAGACAAAUAGUCAGUGCUAAUAGAUUGGACAAAUAGACUGGACAAAUAGUUUGUGCUUAUAGAUUAGACAAAUUGACUAGACAAAUGGUCUGUGCUUAUAGAUUGGACAAAUAGACUGGACAAAUAGUUUGUGCUAAUAGAUUAGACUAAUAGACUAGACAAAUGGUCUGUGCUUAUAGAUUGGAAAAAUAGGCUAGACAAAAACAUGCCCCACCAGUCAAAGUACAAAAACAUGCUCCACCAGUCAAAGUAAAAAGUACAAAAACAUGCCCCACCAGUCAAAGUACAAAAGUACAAAAACAUGCCCCACCAGUCAAAGUACAAAAGUACAAAAACAUGCCCCACCAGUCAAAGUACAAAAGUACAAAAACAUCUCCCACCAGUCAAAGUACAAAAACAUGCCCACCAGUCAGUGUACAAAAACAUGUCCCACCAGUCAAAGUACAAAAACAUGUCCCUCCAGUCAAAGUACAAAAACAUGCCCGCUAGUCAAAGUACAAAAACAUGCCCCACCAUUAUUUUGAUUUACUAUAUAGUAUAGUGCACUCAAAAAGAAACUGGACAAAACUUUUAAUGUGUAGGUUCAGGGGAAUGAUUGUGCAGAUUCAGACCGGGCCUUCCUGGCAUGUCUCUUGCGCUCUGCAGCCGCUGUUCUGCCAACUUCAUGUUGCAUGGAGCUCCUGCGUAAAAUGGAACGCCAUGAUGUUCGAUCCUUUGCGUUUUCCUCCCACGUGUCUGGGUUUAUGUCGAACGCUUUCAGUGAGGCUUUUAGGUUGUCUUUAAAACGUUUCUUCUGCCCGCCAGCAGACCGCCUUCCAUGUUCGAGCUCACCAUAGAAAAUUAUUUUGGGCGAAGCUGGGACUACUUUGAGAUGGUAAAGAUGCUGGGGAGACCUGCCUGUGUGAGCACCUCAGUGUCUGGGACCCUGUCCUGCCUUAUGAUGUUGAGGAUUUUUCUGAGUCUUGUUGUGUGAAAGUGGUUUAGCAUUCUUGUAGGGCGUUGGUAUACCGUCCACGUUUCAUAGUCAUGGAGAAGCCAAGGGAGAACAGCCGCCUUUUAUAUUUUCAAUUUAGUUUGAGUGCUGAUACUUCUCCAUGUCCAUACGUUCUUAGACAGUUUGUCAUAGGUUGCACUGGCUCUCACAAUACGGAGGUUAACCUCGUCAUCAAUGGUUGCGCUUUGUGACAGUGUGCUGCCAAGGUAAGAAAAGCUAUUCACCACCUUAAGUCUUCGCCAUAUAUAUGGAUGUUGGGCUCAACAUACGGGCUUCAUGGAGCUCAGUUUUUUUGUGUUAAUCAUGAGACCGAAGUUUGUGCAGUCAUUGGAAAAUUUUGUGAUGCUGCAUUGCAUAUCCACUUCUGAUACAGCGUUUAGGGCACAGGAGGUCCCUGAUGCUGUCUUUCAGGACCUUCCCUUUGGCAUGUAGCCUCUUGAGGUUGAAUAGCUUACCGUCAGUUCGGUAUCUGAAGCCAAUUCCAGCGUCUCCCUCUCUGAAGGGAUCAGUCGGCAUAACGGAAAACAUGAGGCUGAAAAGUGUUUGGGCCAGUAUACAGCCGUUUCACGCCAUUUGUUAUAGGAAAUGGUUUGGACGUCUCUCCAUUUUCCCUAACUCUAGCCUGGAUCUCGUCAGCCUUGUAGCUCAACCAUUUAUACUGCAUUAGACGCAGUUUUUGCUGCACUGUUCUUGUUGAUUCUUAUGCUGUGGUAGGCAUCUUUCAUUGGGACUGACCUCGGGAAGCGUGGUGGAGACGAUGUUUUCCCUCCAGCAAUAGCUUGAUUACGUCACAGUUUUGAUCAAACCAGACCUGAUGUUUUUCCACGCUUGCCCCCAAAAACUCCAUAGUUGUACAACAUCGAUCUAAGUGAUGCCAAGUUUGCUUUGAAGUUGCUAUAUUCCAAUAGUGUGGACUCCAUACGUUCUUCAAGUCACGAAGUAUUAUAAGCUUUUCCUGCCUUGGAACGCCCGCUAUGACAGAGUGAAGAUCCUCAUAUAAUUUGGUCUUUACUUCAAUUGGGUUUUUCUUUGUUAGAGCAUAGCAGCUGAUGAUAGUUUUCUUCCAGAUACGAGAGGGAGUUUCAUUGUCAUUAUCCUAUGAGAGGGAGUUUCAUUGUCAUUAUCCUAGCGUUGACUCCUUUUGGAAGACCAGCAGGCAUGUUUAACAUUGUUGAUUUAAUAGCAAAACCAUCAUCAGCCUCACGAUGCUCCUCGCUUCUUCUGCCACUCCAAAAGACGGUAUAUCCAGAGCCCCUUUUACAUAGUUCGCCCUCUCCUCCAAGCUGGGUCUCGCUAAGGGCUGCAAUAUCCAACCCGUACAUUGCUAGUUCAUUUUCUGUAAGGGCUCUGAGGUCUGUCCACAUCAUCUUUGUCCUGUAGAGUGCGCAAAUUUCAUGCACCAAGUUUUUGUGGAAUUUGUUUACCUUUUGCUCUAGUUUCUUUGAAUUUCGACCCCAUAGAUAGGGUCCCCUCCAACUGCGGUUGGCUGGAUAGGGAAGAUUGGAGCAGACAAUGUUUAGGGCACCUUUUCUAGCCCCUUCCUCAUGUCAUGGAGGUGAGCAGUGUGUUCCUUAAGAGGUCUUCAUAGGGGGCUGCUGGACACCAUUGCACCUCCUUUUCAGUGAUGAACAACCCUACGGCCUGAGCCGCCUAUGUGCAAGUUUGGGACUACGGCUGCCAGUGUACCCACACCUGCCGCUUCGCUGCUUGCCCAUCGCCACUGGACUUUUUGAUGAGAACUUAGAUUAAAUGAGUGAUAAUUAAUUGACACGCACUGUGAUUUGGAGUUAAAUGAGGAAGAGUCGCACAAUUCGUCAACCUCACUCUCUCGCCCAAUACCAGCUUGAUCCAGCAGCAAGACAAUGUUGAGAUGGCUGGAGAUGAAAAUGAGUGCAGUGAAUGACCAUGGCGUUCUAUAUGUCUGGCAAUGCUCUGAGCGAUUCACAUCGCUUUGCUUUCUCCCUCUUUUGUCUGUUGACAGAGUAGUGGUUCCUCUGCACAAUUUGCUGGAUCCAGUCUUUUACAUGCUAUGGGGGACAGGCCCUUUUUACCGGAUGUUUGAGGCCUUUUUGCUACCCUCAACCUGGUUUUGUCGGCUAGUCGAAGCCGUUGUCUAGGGUGUGAGCGCUGUGCAUGUUACAGCUUCUUAGAAUCACAGGUGAGAGCAGAGUACAGUGUAGGGACCAAAGAUUAAUUAGCUACCCCUAUGUGAUGCGACUGCUGCUCAAUUACUACCCCUGCAGAGGUACCCCAUACACCCCUAGUUGUGCCUAUAUUGUGAAUGUUGCAUCAAUGUGAAUUUUGUGCCAAUGUUUUGAAUGUUUUUGCUUAAAUAUUAUUUUUCUGACAUAAUUUUUUCAUUUAUUUCAGAAUCAGAAUCAGAUAUACCUGAGAGGCUGGCCACUGAGAACAUAGCAGGUAUGAGUUUUUCAUAGUGAGAUUGAAUUGUUGAAUGCUCCCAUUUUUUUUAAAUUUGUGAGCUGCUAUAUAUAUUUGAUGGUUGGCAGAAGUAUUUGUCCAAGCAAAGAAAUUAUUUCUUUGAUGAAAUGGACAAGGAACUAAACAUAAAUGACAGUAAACACAAUCAUUCUAACAUCUGUUUCGAAAAUUCUAUCAGUUUUUUUUUUUUUACCAUAAAAGGCUUCAAUGAAAAUGUAAAAGAAUCACUGUAUUUGCUUACAUUUUAUACAUUCAGUUAACAGCAAUGAGUUAAUCAGAAAUUUGACAUGUUACAAUAAUGUAUUUUCAGAUUCAACAAGACGUAACAAGGACUACCCUAAGGUACAGUCUUGGUCUACAAAAUAAUUGUCAAAAGUUAAAAAUGAUUUCUCAAAAUCUGCGUCUGAAGAUGUGGUCCAACUAAAUAAUUUUUGAUUUUUUCAAAGUGUAGUUAUUGUUAAAAAUAAUUAAGAAUUUUAAAUAGACAAGCGCACAAAGACCAUGUCAGUUAUUCAUCUUUAGAAGAUGUUUUACCAGUUUUACAGUGUCUUACCCUGUCCUGCUACUCCCUACUAAAGUCUUACACUUACAGUGUCUUACCCUGCCCUGCUACUCCCUACUAAAGUCUUACACUACAGCGUCUUCCCUACUAAAGUCUUACACUACAGCGUCUUACCCUGCCCUGCUACUUCCUACUUAAGUCUUACAUUUACAGUGUCUUACCCUGCCCUGCUACUUCAUACUGCACACUUAUACUUAGUGUCUUUCUCUUCUCUGCUACUACUUAGAUGCCUUUCUAUAUGAGACAUAACCCAUAACAUAACACACCCAGUGUGACACAACCCAUAACAUGACACACCCGGUGUGACACAACCCAUAACAUAAUAAACCCAGUGUGACACAACCUAUUGCUGUAGAAGGGCUGACACAAUUUUUUUAACAAAUUUGCACAAAAAUGAGUCGGGUUUUGGGGGAAAAAAAACUGCACAAUAUGCAGACUAUAACAACUGAUCUCCUAUAUGUUGGAUUAAUCACUGCACAAUAUGCAGACUAUAACAACUGAUCUCCUAUAUGUUGGAUUAAUCACUGCACAAUAUGCAGACUAUAACAACUGAUCUCCUAUAUGUUGGAUUAAUCACUGCACAAUAUGCAGACUAUAACUGGUCUUCUUUCUGUCCGUCUGUUUUAUCUUCAAAACAAUUUUUUUCCAAGCCUUAACAUAUCUUUGUUCCGCUAUUUAUUUAAAGAAAUUUAAAUGAUUCACUGCAGCUAAGUUAUUAGUUAUUUUUAAUGAUCUCAAUUCAGAUGAGUUGUGAAGAGCUGAAGCAACAAAAGAAAAAGAUGGAGAAAAAGCUGAAACAGAUAGGCUCUAUAGAAGCAAGAUUUUACAGAGGAGAAAAACUUCUAGCAGAGGAGGUAAUACAUAAAUUAUCAUAUCACUUAAUUUUGUUAAAAUUCAGUUUUUGGCCAGAUGUAAAUUGGUUUUUAACAAAUUGGGUCUUGUUUAUGGUGGUCAAUAAUUAAUUUUAAAAAAUGAAGAACAGCUUUUAAUUGUCUCCCAUUUAUAUGGUGCAUUUACUGCUGUGACAUCUGAGAAUAAUUUAUGUUAUAAUGAUGCCACUGUGAAAGCAGAGAAUAAUUUAUGUUAUAAUGAUGCCACUGUGAAAGCAGAGAAUAAUUUAAGUUAUGAUGCUGCUGGGACAGCUGAGAAUAAUUUAUAUAAUAAUGAUGCUGUUGAGAAAGACGAGAAUAAUUUAUAAUUUAUCAUGAUGCUGCUGUGACAGCUGAGAAUAAUUUAUGUUAUAAGGAUGCUGCUGUGACAGCUGAGAAUAAUUUAUGUUAUGAUGAUGCUGCUGUGACAGCUGAGAAUAAUUUAUGUUAUAAUGAUGCUGCCGUGACAGCUGAGAAUAAUUUAUGUUAUUAUGAUGCUGUUGUGAAAGCCGAGAAUAAUUUAUAUUUUAUGAUGAUGCUGCUGUGACAGCUGAGAAUAAUUUAUGUUAUAAUGAUGCUGCUGCAACAGAUGAGAAUAAUUUAUGUUAUAAUGAUGCUGCUGUGACAGCUGAGAAUAAUUUAUGUUAUAAUGAUGCUGCUGUGACAGCUGAGAAUAAUUUAUGUUAUAAUGAUGCUGCUGUGACAGCUGAGAAUAAUUUAUAUUAUAAUGAUGCUGCUGUGACAGCUGAGAAUAAUUUAUGUUAUAAUGAUGCUGCUGUGACAGCUGAGAAUAAUUUAUGUAAUAAUGAUGCUACUGUGACAGCUGAGAAUAAUUUAUAUUAUAAUGAAGCUGUGACAGCUGAGAAUAAUUAUAUUAUAAUGAAGCUGUGACAGCUGAGAAUAAUUUAUGUUAUAAUGAUGCUGCUAUGACAGCUGAGAAUAAUUUAUGUUAUAAUGAUGCUGCUGUGACAGCUGAGAAUAAUUUAUGUUAUGAUGCUGUUGUGAAAGCCGAGAAUAAUUUAUAAUUUAUGAUGAUGCUGCUGUGACAGCUGAGAAUAAUUUAUGUUAUAAUGAUGCUGCUGCAACAGAUGAGAAUAAUUUAUGUUAUAAUGAUGCUGCUGUGACAGCUGAGAAUAAUUUAUGUUAUAAUACCUGCUGUGACAGCUGAUAAUAAUUUAUGUUAUAAUGAUGCUGCUGUGACAGCUGAGAAUAAUUUAUAUUAUAAUGAUGCUGCUGUGACAACUGAGAAUAAUUUAUGUUAUAAUGAUGCUGCUGUGACAGCUGAGAAUAAUUUAUGUUAUUAUGAUGCUGUUGUGAAAGCCGAGAAUAAUUUAUAAUUUAUGAUGAUGCUGCUGUGACAGCUGAGAAUAAUUUAUGUUAUAAUGAUGCUGCUGCGACAGAUGAGAAUAAUUUAUGUUAUAAUGAUGCUGCUGUGACAGCUGAGAAUAAUUUAUGUUAUAAUGAUGCUGCUGUGACAGCUGAGAAUAAUUUAUAUUAUAAUGAUGCUGCUGUGACAGCUGAGAAUAAUUUAUAUUAUAAUGAAGCUGUGACAGCUGAGAAUAAUUUAUGUUAUAAUGAUGCUGCUGUGACAGCUGAGAAUAAUUUAUGUUAUAAUGAUGCUGCUUUGACGGCUGAGAAUAAUUUAUAUUAUAAUGCUGCUGUGACAGCUGAGAAUAAUUUAUGUUAUAAUGAUGCUGCUGCGACAGAUGAGAAUAAUUUAUGUUAUAAUGAUGCUGCUGUGACAGCUGAGAAUAAUUUAUAUUAUAAUGAUGCUGCUGUGACAGCUGAGAAUAAUUUAUAUUAUAAUGAAGCUGUGACAGCUGAGAAUAAUUUAUGUUAUAAUGAUGCUGCUGUGACAGCUGAGAAUAAUUUAUGUUAUAAUGAUGCUGCUUUGACGGCUGAGAAUAAUUUUCAUUAUAAUGAUGCUGUGACAGCUGAGAAUAAUUUAUGUUAUAAUGAUACUGCAACCUUGUAAUUUGAUUAUAUUUUUUUAAUCUCUGCCAAUAUUUGUUUCAAUCAAGAGCUCUUUUAUUGUUUCAAAUCUAUCCAUUCUGCUAAUGCCAGUUAUUUUUGUUUAAAUUAUUAAGAUUUGGUUCAAAGUGGUAGAAGAAAAUAAUUUUAUAGUUUUUAACUAGGCCUGCACAACAUGUGGACCAUCCUGCCACUGCCAAAACUCACUCUGUGACCGAAAGCCUUUUGUGAACAUGCACAAUAUUAUUUUUAAAAAUGUAAAUCCCUUUUUCUCAGAUGUAUACUAGUCAUGAAAGGAAUAAUAACUGUAAUGGCAUGUGUGUAGGCCUAAUGUUAGCAUUGUGGCCACCACAACUUGUCUCCCCUUUGUUUUGCUUUGAUAUAAUAAUAAUAAGUGGUCUUUUAUAGCGCGGUACCGUGCUGUACAUAAAAAUAUAAUCAAACGAGACCUAAUCAUGGCAUUAAAAUAAAAUACAAUUAUGAAAUAAAGAUCAGCAUGAACCCCAGGAAUUUUACAAGGCAAACCAUGGACGGCUGUCAACAAGAUCAUUUAUCAGUCAGAGGAGGGAAAUCAGUCAGGGUAGUAUAGUUUAAAGAGAUGUGUUUUGAGUGCAGUUUUGAAGGCCUGGGUGGUUGGUAUAUUGCGGAUAUGUUCUAUAAUAUUUCUAUUUGUUCUCAAGUUUGCCAUCAGGUGACGCAAUUUUAGAAUUUCUUUGUUAGAAAGUUCUGAUUUAAUCCUUAAAUAUAUAGGCCCGCAGCUUUCCUAGGGAAAAGAUUUUGCUAUAUUUCCUAAACACUCAGGAGACUUAAUAUGAUUGUCAUAUUGUAUUUAUUUUUGUGUGUAAAUUAAUAUUGUAUUUUUAGAGGAUUGUACCUUUUGACUUGCUGUGCUGUUAGUUGAUAUAUGUCUUUGUUUCUGUUUUGAAUUUUUAUAGAAAUUGGAUAGUAGAACUCAAUGGAAUAUUUUUAGCAUCACUAGCUUUGGUACUGUUUCUUUUUUGUAUAUAAAUUAAAGGACUGCCUUCAAGUGUAGUAAAUGAAUGAAAUAGCAAAACGAGGUAUGUGGAAGCUUGAAUUAGAGAACAGGACAAAAAGCUGAGGACGUUUCGGCAUAAAGCCUUCUUCAGCUAACAGUAGAAAUGAAAAUAUCACAAAGAACAGAGCACAGUAAACAACUCAAGAAAUUCUAAACAGAGCAAGUAACAAGGUUAGGACAAAUACAGUCCUAUCUUUUUGUCCUGUUCUCUAAUUCAAGCUUCCAUAUACCUCGUUUUGCUAUUUCAUUCAUUUACUAGGCUUGAAAGCAGUCCUUUAAUUUAUAUUUUCUAGUCCUUGACUGCUACCUCUUGUGUGUAUUUGUCCUAACCUUGUUGUUACUUGCUCUGUUUAGAAUUUCUUGAGUUGUUUACUGUGCUCUGUUCUUUGUGAUAUUUUCAUUUGUACUGUUAGCUGAAGAAGGCUUUAUGCCGAAACGUCCUGUUCUCUAAUUCAAGCAUCCACAUACUUUGUUUUGCUAUUUCUUUUUUUUUGUAUAGUGGUUUUCAGUCUUUUGUUACUUAUUGUUCAUUCUAUGACCCAAAUGUUAAAAUAAAUAUUCAAACCAUCUCUGGGUGUGAUUUAAGUUUGCCUUAUCUGAGUUGCCAUCCAAAAGGUCAACAAGUCCCAUCCACCCAAGUCGCUGUUUUUGCUGGGGAUUGAACUCCAGUCCUCAAGGUUGAGCUGACUCAGUUUAGAUCACUCGGCCACCCAGAAUACCUUUUCCACCUGCCCUAUUUUCUUUCAGUCAGCAGCAGUUUUCCAUCAUGUAGCAUAGCCCUCUCAUCACAUUUGUAGUUGUGCAGGUCUAGUUUAUAAUUAAAGGGCGCUGCAGAAUCUAGAACUCGGGCCCAGUAAUAUCAGAAGAAAAAAAACAAAGGGUUUGCAAAUAGCUGACUUAACGUAGCCCUCUCCUCCUGAUGUUUGAUUGGAGAGGGAAGUCAAGUUGCUAAGGGAGCAAACUCAACUUCAAGGCCCACAUUCAUUGGAAACAAGACAGAUCUUGAAAUUCAGAUUCUUCCUCUCGAGCAGUUAGGGGAAGAAUUUUGAUAUAACUUUAUGAUGGAGUUUUAACGUUUUUUUAUCUUCAUUUUACAGGAGACCAAGUUAAAAAGAAAAACAAGCAUUUUGAAAGAUUUGGAAAGUAUAUCCCAAUACAAUUAGAUAUUUUAUGUAUUACUGUGUAGCUUAUAAUACCAUAAUUUAAUAGUUAAAAGAAUGUAUAGUUGAUUGUAAAAUGAGAGGGUAAAUAUGUUACGUUAUUAAUAUAUAUGAUUAAGUCUGUUUUUAAACUUGAUAUAAUUUCACGCAUUUAUAACAAAAAAAAAAAAAAAAAUUUAAAUUCAAGAAGGCUUUUUCUGUACGGUACUUUACAUGUGCACUUGGCAGGGUUGAUCAGAGUAGAAAAUGUUGCAUAUCUUUGCCAAAUAAGAUUGACAACCAUGUAAAAUAUUAUGACAGUUAUUUUAGAUGUUAGGAAACAUAGCUAGAACAAAAAAUAUAUACCAGUGGUGUUAGACCCUCUACCAAAUAUGCUCUGUAUCUGUCUACAAAGUUGAUUUUGAUGGCAUAAAUAGUAUUAACUCAGUCUAUAAAAGAAUGUUAAUAUACUCUGUCUUAACAUCUGAUGUGGCAUAUCUUUUUAUCUCAUGAAACUUAGACACCUAUCAUUUAAAAAAAAAAACAUUUUCUUACAUGUACUGACUAGGCAGACAAGACAAUUUUUUCAACUUGCAGCAACUUUUCCCAUUCAAAGGACUUGUUUUUUAAAACUCCUACCCAAAAUCAUCUGCCGUACCCGGCUCACAAGACCUUUGCUACCAUGCCUCAAGUUCUUUCAUUCCUUUUUAAUCUUUCUUAAGGCAUUCAAAUAUCCUAAAGUGUAAUUUUGUUUUGUUAAAGAUAAAUUAUUUUUUAUGUACACCAAAUUUGUUUGUGUUUUAUUAAGUGACAGUGUCAAUUGCCACCCACAUUGAUUUGUAGACACCAUCUUCAUUUUUUAAUUCACUUUUUUUUGUAAUAUAUUUUAUUUUAACAUCUUUAAGUGAUUGAAAUUUCAAGAGAAAAUGGUAACUGCUGGCACGUUUUUAAAUCAUAUUUAUAUUGGAAGUAACAAUGCGUGUACUGUUAUUUGUUGGUAAAUAUUUAGUUGGGGUUUAAUUAGAAUUUUGUACUGAUGUCAACAUUGAUAAAAUGUUUAGAAAUAUUUACAAAAUUCUGUUUGGAAAAAUCUUGGUUAUGAUAUCAAAAUGCCUUUCUUAGAAUGUAUGUGUCGAUAUCUUUGCUAACACGCAUCUGCUAAAAUAUGUACAAAAAUGUUAGAGAAGUUGUUUUAAUUAUAUGGCUCUUUUAUUUUAAAAAACACAGGACACAAAAAUAAAAUUCUUUCAGAAAAAUCCAUGACUUCAAAAAUUUUAUGGUAGUUUUCUUAUAGCUUUUAAUUAUUAAAAAAAAAAGUAUUUUCCAACUGCAAAAUAAAUGUUUAUCUUAUAUUUAUAUUAUAAAAAUUACACAAGC